UUGUUGUCUAUCUCUCAAGGUUAUUAUAUUUCCAUAACUUCGAUAAUGAAAAAAUGGAAAAAGUGAUGAAUUGAGAACAUUGUAAUUCUAGUGGCAGAGGUCUUCAUAUGUUACAAAAAUAAAAUAAAUAAAACAAAACACACAUUUCACUCCUUAAGUUACUAGCUUUCAAUUCAAAUCCAUAAUUUUCUUAGUGCAUCAAAUCACCACGUUCAUUAUGUCAGAAACAUCAACAAUUGCUAAAACAAGAUCAGAAUGUUGGCGAACUCAUCUUGGCUCUGCUCUAAGAACAACCUUAGCAUGCACCAUAGUUGGUUGCACUUCCUUAUACGGUCCUGAACCUAUAGAACGUUACAUUAAAUUCCCAGCAUUUUCUUAUGUGACAACAAUUCUCAUAGUGUCGGAUGCAACACUUGGUGACACACUUAAAGGUUGUUGGCACGUUCUUUGUGCAACAAUUCAAGUUAUGAUACUUUCUCAAAUUAGUUUUCAGGUUAUAAGACCUGAAAACUUUAGCAAUCGCAUUGCUGCGCUUGCGCUAGCCGCAAGCGCAUUUUUGGUUGCAUUGCCGGCAUCGACAAACUUGAUGACUAAAAGGAUUGCAUUUGGACAACUUGUGAUUGUAUAUGUGAGCACAAUUAUAUAUAGACAAGAAGGAGUGGCUGUACAUUCAAUUCACGUGGCAUGCUCUGCAGCACUAGGAGCUCUAGCUUCUGUUCUGGCCAUGUUGUUACCUUAUCCUCGCCUUGCCUAUGAUGAGGCAAUGAAGUUCUACCGAAUAUACACCAAGAAUACAUCUGAGAGAUUAAAUUGCAAUAUAGAGGCUAUCUCUGCCUCAGACAACUCCACUGCUGUUGGUUUUAAAACUCAAGCCGAGUACCUCUCCACAACAGGAACCAAGCUUCACCAGAGUAUCAUAACUAAACUGGAUGGCAUGCAUUGGGAACAACCUCAAAGGAUAAUUUUCAACUCCAAUCGAAUUGACACAGAAGCGAAACUGCAAGACUUGGAUAUAACAAUAAGAGGGAUGGACAUUGCUCUGUCAAGUUGCAAGUCUUUUCCUGUUGGUGUCAUUGAUGAGGAGCUCAGAGGUGUUCUGCUAAAUUGCAGAGGACUGAUCGGCCAAAAAUUAGAUCAGCAAGCAAACUGCUCUGUUCCUUUUGAUGCAACCACAAUUCAAGAAAUGAAACAAGACAUUUUCAACAAAUACCUUUCCAUAGCCUACAAAGAUCUCCCAACAUCAUUCUUUUUAUACUGUGUGCAACUUCUUCUAGAUGACUUGUCUAUAUCAAACAAAAUUGACCAUGUGCUGAAAAAUUCUCAGAUAAGUGGUGGUUCCAAAUGGAGCUACAACAAGAUCAAAGAGCUUUUGAUGAACUUGAUUCCCAGCAACCAAAGCUUGAACUUUGCAUUAAAGUCCUCUCUGUCAUUAGGCCUUGCUGUGUUAUUUGGUUUGAUAUAUGACAGGGAAAAUGCACUUUGGUCGGGACUCACAAUUGCAAUAAGUUUUGUGACUGGACGACAACCGACGUUCACAGUUGCAAAUGCUCGAGGACAAGGAACAGCUAUGGGAUCAAUCUACGGCAUCAUCUGUGCCUUCAUUUUCAGUAGUUCUGUGGAUUUAAGGUUCUUAUGUCUUAUACCAUGGGUCAUUUUCGUUUCUUUUCUCAGGCAUAGUAGAAUGUAUGGCGAAUCUGGGGGGAUUUCAGCAGUCAUAGGGGCCUUGUUGAUCCUUGGUAGGAUGAACUAUUAUGUUCCCCCAAGUCAAUUUGGAGUUGCUAGAAUGGCUGAGGCCGCAAUAGGACUCACUUGCUUCAUCAUUGUAGAGGUUCUUCUAAGUCCCUCAAGAGCUGCAACUCUAGCAAAAUCGGAACUUUCACGAACCAUAAGAACGCUUCAAGAUUGCGUUAAGCAGAUUUCUAUGAUAAAUCAUAGUGAAAUAGACAUGUCAUCUUCAAGUUACCAAGCACUGAGAGAAGAACAGAAGAAGCUUAAAUUAUUUGUGUGUCAAUUAGAGGAAUUUACAGCAGAGGCUGAGCGGGAGCCAAACUUCUGGUUCCUACCAUUCCAUACUGCUUGCUACAGUAAUAUGCUGGAAUCUCUAUCGAGGACGGUUGAUCUCUUGCUUUUUGUGGCAUACUCAAUGGAGCAUGUCACCCAAUUGGCACAGAAAGAUAGAGUAAUUUGGAUGGACCUCCAAUAUCGAGGGAACGAGAAUGUGAAGAUUUUUAAGGACAAAGCUGACCCCAUAUUGAAAAGCCUGGAAGAGAUAACAAGGAUGAAGUCAUUUAAGAAACUUGAAAAUGAGUUGAAGAGCGUAAAUGUUUCCAAGGAUAUCGAAUCACAAGAAUAUCCCAACGUCGAUGCAUUUAGAAACUUGAGCAGAGAUGAAGUGGUUGACAACAUUACAAACUCAUUCCUCCAACAUCUAGAGGAAAUUGCUAGCAAAACUCAUACAAACAAAGAUGAAGAGAUGCUUAAAGUUCAGAUGAUUUUACAUUACAGCUGCUUUGGAUUCUGCACUAGUAGCUUGAUGAGAGAAAUAAUGAAGAUUGAGAGUGAAAUAAAAGAACUACUUAUAUGGGAGAACUCAAACAAACUUCAAAGAAAUUUACUCUAAGAUCACCGCUCUGAGUUCAUAGUAAAUCUAGCCCUAUGACUAAAAAAUGACCCCAAUAGGAGACUUAAAUUUACGAGUUAACCAAUAGCAUGUAGAUAGUAUCAUAUAUAAAAUCAUCCAAUUGACGAAAGUGAAAAAAA